UACCCAAUUACGUUUUCUGGCGGAGGAGUGUAUAAGGUAAAUAAAUCUAAUUAAUUUCCGUGGUGGUCAAAGGGAGAGUCCAACUGAGGUCUAUUUCGGUGUAUCAACACCACAAACUUAUUCUUCGCGGUAGUUCUGAACUGAAGCUGUCGCUUCAAUUUGAUUCCGAGGGUUUUCUUCUUCUUCUUUGUUGUGUUGGUUUCGUUAUCGUGUUCAAUUCGAUGGUUAUGGAUACGAAUCGCUCAUCUGGUGCUUCUUCAUUUCUCUCCGAUCUUCCCUCUCGAGGCCUCUUCUCUUCCACCGUUGUGUCUUCCAAUCCGGGUGGGAUGCGGGUGUACGUAUGCGAUCAUGAAACAAUGCCACCAGAGGGCCAGCAUAUUAAGACAAACCAACAAAACAUACUUAUUAGAGCACUCACCCUAGGCCUGAAGAAACAAAAAUGUGAUUCCAGCUCAAAGGAUGGAACCGAGGGAUCUAGAAAGAGGGCUAGUGACAAGGGUUUGGAUGGCAGAGCUUCAGCUAAGAGAGCAAAUAAUCAAAUAAACUCUUUACAAGAGGGAUCAACCAGUCAAACAUUCAAUAAGGAUUUCCACAGGUUGACUGUAGAGAGGCUUCGUAAUCUUUUGAAAUCUAAAGGUCUUUCAACCAAAGGAAAGAAGGAGGAGCUUAUUGCACGUCUUAAAGAUGCAACUGAUUCGUGAAUAAGAAGGGAGAAUAGUAGGAAAACUCUUCUGGUUAAACAUCCAAUGUGAGUAGUUAGUGUUUUUUCAAGGUAACUAAGAUGUAGAACUAAUAUAAUAUAUUGACCUCUACAGACCUAGUGCAAGCUGCAGUAACAUUUGAAUGUUGUUGUUUUGGUGCUUUCUGUUUCAUGUGAAAGCACAUUCUGUAUGUUUUUCUGAGUAAGUAGUUGCGUUGUAUGUACUGGAUGCUUUAGCUCGGCCUGAAGUUAAAAAGUAAUUAUGCCAAUCAUAGUUGUUAGUAUUGCCCGAA